AUGAGCACUUUUCAGACAUCCUUUGAUUCGACCGUUGCAAAAGCAAACGAAUCCAUAUCCAGUCUGAGUACUUACCUUCGAACAGAGAAAGAGGCUUUGGAGAAGGUUCUCACUAACAUCAAAGCCUACUACUCAGAGCUCAACUCUUCCAUCACAUCAAAAAUAGAAAAGCUUCAAGACGACUUGGCCACAGAGAGCAAAAUAAUGGAUGCUCUCGCACUCAAGACGGAAAAGGUAAAGGUUUUGACUAUCAAGUUGGAUCAUGCUAAGAAGAAGAUCAAUGAGCACUUAUCUGAAAAAAUUGUUAUAAAGAGUUGUAUUGCAUAUGUGAACGCCUUACUCUCUCACAUAAUCGAGACUCGUGACUCUAUGAUCAUGAUGACUAUCAAGAAGCAUUUGGCUGAAAAGCUUCAUCCUGUGUUUGCUACGCUCAACAGGUUAGAAGGUGUUUCAGAUUUGAGCUCAAUUCCGAAACAGGGGGAAACUUUGAAGAAAUCAAAGAAAGAAAUCCCAAAACCAACUGCAAAGCCAAAGUCUGAAAACGAACCGAAGGAUAAUGUACCUUCGGAUUCGAAAGGAAAAGAGAAGUUGUAG